GACCAGAGACUGUGGACACAGUACAGGAGAUGACCAGAGACUGCGGACACAGUACAGGGGAUGACCAGAGAGACUGCGAACACAGUACAGGAGAUGACCAGAGACUGCGGACAUAGUACAGGAGAUGACCAGAGACUGCAGACAUAGUACAGGAGAUGACCAGAGACUGCGGACAUAGUACAGGAGAUGACCAGAGACUGCAGACAGUACAGGAGAUGACCAGAGACUGCAGACACAGUACAGGAGAUGACCAGAGACUGCAGACAUAGUACAGGAGAUGACCAGAGACUGCAGACAUAGUACAGGAGAUGACCAGAGACUGCGGACAUAGUACAGGAGAUGACCAGAGACUGCAGACCUUUGGGGAGGGAGGGGGAGCGGGUACCUGAAUUUGCCCUUCCCUCUUCUUCCUGCGCCGGCUUCUGUGACAGCCGGGUGCCCACUGCGCAUGCGCGAGAAGCGCUGCACUUUGUAAAUGGCCCGGCGCCGUCUGGGACCUGUGUUGUGUCCCAGAAGACACCGCACCAUUCACAAAGAGUAGCGCAUGCGCAGUGGGCACCCGGCUGUCACAGAAGCCAGCGCGGGAAGACUGUGCAGCGCUGGAGCGAGGAACAGGGUAAGGCCCUGCAGGAGAGAAUAGCUGAGCGGCCGGCCCGGUAUUCUGACAUGGUGGCGGCAGAAAUACCGGACCGGCUGCUUUAUAUUCGCUCCAUAAGACGCACUGACAUUUUCCCCCCCUUUUUU